GCCUCUCUCCUUUAUUUACUAAUAUUGACUAAUCUGCCCUAGUUAUUCCUGGUAAUCCUGGUGCAUUGCCAGUGCUUGAACAAUGUUGCACUGCCCAGCUUGGCACUGGAACACCACUUGCAUGCAUUGGAGCUCAGAGAGAGAGAGGCGCUUUAUGUGAAAGUCGGUCCAGCUCUGAGAUGGAAUGCUUCGCACGGCAAGCUGGGACAUGCACGCCACAGGAGUGACUUCUUUUCUUGUAUAUGCAGGGCGAGAAGAGGAGCGGGAUUGAAAGUUGUACACGGUGUGAGAGCAUCCAUAUCAAUGAGGACACCUGGCAUGGCGCUUUUUAAACAGCUGCUUGUGGAGGACUUCUAUGACAUUGGAGAGGAGCUGGGAAGCGGUCAGUUUGCAGUGGUCAAGCGUUGCACAGAGAAGAGCACGGGCCUGGAAUAUGCCGCCAAGUACGUUAAGAAGCGCCAAAGCCGCGGCAGCAGACGUGGCGUGAAGCGGGAGCAGAUCGAGAGGGAGGUGGACAUCCUGAAGCAGGUCCAGCACGCCAACGUUGUAGCGCUUCACGACGUCUACGAGAACCGCACGGACGUGGUGCUCAUCCUGGAGCUCGUUUCUGGUGGAGAGCUGUUCGAUUUCCUGGCUCGCAAGGAGUCGCUUUGUGAAGAGGAGGCCGCUCAGUUUAUUAAGCAAAUCCUGGAUGGAGUCCAGUACCUUCACUCCAAAAGGAUUGCACAUUUUGACUUAAAGCCUGAAAACAUAAUGCUGCUGGACAGAAAUGUUCAUUCACCCCGCAUUAAAAUCAUCGACUUCGGUCUGGCACACAAAAUGGAGGACGGAUCAGAUUUUAAAGACAUUUUUGGAACCCCUGAGUUUGUUGCUCCAGAGAUAGUUAACUAUGAGACCUUGGGGUUGGAAGCAGACAUGUGGAGCAUUGGGGUCAUCACGUAUAUACUCUUGAGCGGCGCGUCGCCUUUCCUCGGCGACACGAAGCAAGAGACGUUAGGCAACGUCUCCGCCAUGAGCUACCAGUUCGACGAGGAGUUCUUCAGCAACACGAGCGAGCUGGCCAAGAGCUUCAUCAGGCAGCUGCUGGUGAAGGACACGAGGAAACGCAUGAGCAUACAAGACGCCCUCAACCAUCCUUGGAUUAAGCCUCACAAUUCCAAACAAGCGAUGGUCAAGAGGUUGUCGGUGGUCAACUUAGAGAACUUCAAGAGGCAGUAUGCCAGGCGUAGGUGGAAGCUCUCAUUCAGGAUUGUGGCUCUGUGCAACCACCUAACUCGGAUCAUGAAGAAGGGUCACAAGCUGCCGGAGCAGAGCACGAGGGAUUGUGAAAGCGACCAAGAAGAAGAAAUCCUAAAGAGGCGGCCGAGGACCAGAAAGAGAAGCAGCACUUCCUGAAAGCUCUUAAAAGCCUGUCUGUUGUGACACACACACACACACACACACUUCUACACACACACACUUGCAGCUGUCACCCUAUAUAAACCUAUCCAUGCCAACAGUCUGGAAUGCUUCAUUUGUCCGUGCGAGCCUCCGCCACAUAAUCUGCCGCCAUGUUACUUAGCAUUCUUAAAUGACAGCUUGUUGACUUUUCUGCCAUAGUAGGAUUAUUAUUAUUGACGUCUUGGAGAAUGUAGACGACUUCCUCUAAUAUUAUGCAGUCUUAAAAAUCCUUCAGCUGUCGAGUGUUAACACAAAGACUGCUUUCUCUAUUAAGCUGGCUCUUUUUGGAGCAAGGAACCAUAUUUGGUUACUUUAUAAACAAUAGUUCAAAAUGGACCUUGAGUGCUUCAUUAUGAGGCAGUAAAAUAAGUUAUGAUUACCAUAUACUGUCUUUUUGUCAUGUGUCAUGUAUAGUAAAUAUCCAAGUAUUUCAAUAAAACAAUAAAUGACCAUCCUCCUGUAUAAAUAACAUCUAUACAUAUUUAAAGUGCACGUUUUUAAUGCAACUAUUUGUUCAUGAUACAGUUGAUGUAUUUAUGGUGUAAAUAUAAAUAUCAGUCUUACCAGUUUUAAACAAAAACGUUCCUCAAUGGUCGGUUUACUUGUAUGUGUCAUGUCUGUGUAACCAUGUUUUGUCUUAGUCAUGUUUUGUUUAGUUUCUGGCUUUUCACUCCCUUGUCUUGUUUGCAUGAUUACCCAUUAGUUUCACCUGUUCCACGUUUGGACUCAUUGUACACUCUUGUUUGUCACCAUAGCAACCAUUAGUUUUCACCUGUCACGUCACGCACCUGUUUCACGUUUUGAGUCACGCGCCUGUUUUUGUUAAUCGUGUCUGUGUUAUUUAAGCUUUUCAUUUUCUGUUGUUCGUCCUGACGACAUCCCCGCAUUUAUGCCCCCUGUCACACUCUGUCCACCUCUGCGCACUUCAUGUCCAUGCCAAGUAAGUUUGUUUAUUAUUGCCACAGUUAGUGUUUUUUUGUUGUUCCUAGUUUUUUGCCCCCGUGCAAGUCUUUUGUUUUCACUAGUCAAGUUGUACAUCCGCCUUGAGCGCGCCUUUUGUUCUUUUGAGUGUUAUUAUUAAAAAUGUAUCUACCUUCACGCCAUGACCAGUCCAAUUCACUUGCACCUCGGGAGAACAAACCACGCCAUAGUCCCCGUCUUGACAGUAUGUACUGUAUAUUGAAAUGGUGAUUUAAUAAACUCCUGAAUAUAA